CCAUGCCCACCACCAUAUCUUCACAACAUACCCAGCUCGAGCUUAGCUAUAUAGCACGCGCACUCGAUCGAAGCUCUGCCUAGCUAGCAUUCCGAUCGAGAUCAUGGCGAGAGCGCUGGUGCUCGCGUCCGGGCUGGCCAUGGCCGGCGCGCUGGUGCUGCUGCUGCUGGCGACGUCCCCGGCGCCGGCGAGCGCCAUGGACUUCGGCGAGUCGGACCUGGCGUCAGAGGAGUCCCUGUGGGCGCUCUACGAGCGGUGGCGCGCGCGGCACACGGUGUCCCGCGACCUCGCGGAGAAAUCCCGUCGCUUCAACGUGUUCCGCGAGAACGCGCGCCUCGUCCACGAGUUCAACCUCCGCCGCGACGCGCCCUACAAGCUCCGCCUCAACCGCUUCGCCGACCUCACCUCCGACGAGUUCCGCCGCUCCUACGCCUCCUCCCGCGUCUCCCACCACCGCAUGUUCAAGCCCCGCGCUGCCAACAACAACGACGACGACGACGACAAGGGAUCGUCGUUCACGCACGGCGGCGCAUUGCCGACGUCGGUGGACUGGCGGGAGAAGGGGGCCGUGACGGGGGUCAAGGACCAAGGGCAGUGCGGCAGCUGCUGGGCAUUCUCGACGAUCGCCGCCGUGGAAGGCAUCAACGCGAUCCGGACGAACAACCUCACCUCACUCUCAGAACAGCAGCUCGUGGACUGCGACACCAAGACCAACGCCGGCUGCGACGGCGGGCUCAUGGACGACGCCUUCAGCUACAUCGCCAAGCACGGCGGGGUGGCCGCCGAGAAGUCCUACCCGUACAGGGCCCGGCAGAGCAGCAGCUGCAACAGCAAGAAGGCCGCGGCAGCCGUGGUCAGCAUCGACGGGUACGAGGACGUGCCGAGGAACGACGAGACGGCGCUGAAGAAGGCCGUGGCGGCGCAGCCCGUGGCCGUGGCCAUCGAGGCCGGCGGCUCGCACUUCCAGUUCUACUCGGAGGGCGUGUUCGCGGGUAAGUGCGGGACUGAGCUCGACCAUGGCGUGGCGGCCGUCGGGUACGGGGUCACCGUGGACGGGACCAAGUACUGGAUCGUCAAGAACUCGUGGGGCGAGGAAUGGGGGGAGAAAGGGUAUAUCAGGAUGAAGCGUGAUGUGGCGGACAAGGAGGGCCUCUGCGGCAUCGCCAUGGAGGCGUCUUACCCUGUCAAGACCUCGCCCAACCCCAAGCAUGCCGCCGCCGAGGCCGAGCACCAUGAUGAGCUCUGAUGCCUAUAUGCGUCGUCUGGGGAUUGUUUACUUUGUUAGUACGUAAUGCACGCGAAAAAUAAAUGAUGAAUCACGGUGAAUUAACAAGUUAUACGCACACUACAGUAUGUCAGUACACCACCACUUGUAAAUUGUAAUGGAUUUCUUCGAUUGAUUUUAAUUAUCUAUACACAGAUUAUGUUGCAAA